CACUUUCAGGUAAAAUGGUUUCCUUAAGAGAACUUACAGAGCUACGAGGUAACUAGGGCCGAGAAGAAGAAGGGGAGGGGGUUAUAUUUGUGGAGCCUAUCACGAUGAUAGUGCCGCCGGCGUUGCAGGAUUUGCCAGAAACAAUGACGCCUGAGAGCAGCGCCAGUUCGAGCGCUAGGGACAACGGUGGCGACCACCCUACUGCAUCGUCUAGCAGCUCGUCCUCAGAGGAGACACCCAGCCACGGGGAAGGGACGGGGGAUGUGGUUAGUCAUGUCUCAGAUCGGCCUGUAAUUGGAGAGUGGGAAAGCAGGACAAUCACGGGCAGGUUGAGCAAUCUGCGAAAGGCGCCCAAGGACCUGCCCGCUGGAUUUAGGUUCAGGGCCGCGCUUAAUCAUGAAGUAGCAGACUGUGCGCCCUCAAUAAGUGGGUAUAGGAAACUGGAGGAGAUGGUGAGGGCGCACCACGUCCCCAGAACGAUCUUGCUCCGGACUGGCGCCAUGAGUGAGAGGGCGUGCACGGUGUCGCAAACGGGUUGGAUACCAGUGUACGUGGAUCAUUUUGAGGCCGGCCUGCGAUUCCCCCUGCCUGGGUUGAUAUUCGACCUGCUAGCAGAGUACAAGCUAGCUUUAACGCAACUGACACCCAACAGCAUAAGGUUCAUCAUAGGCUUUAUGCUGUUGUGUGCGAGGUUGGAGGUCCCGGCAAAGGCGAUUGUGUUCAGGUCGCUGUUCCAGUGCCGGCUAUGUCCCAACUCCAGAGGGGCGAGGUGGUAUUACCUCUCAGGAAGAGAGAAGAGCCAGCUGUUCAAGAAUGUAAGGAACAAAGUGGCGAGGUGGAAGAGGCAGUUUAUCUUCCCACUGCCUCGGGGCACGGAUAUAAAGAACCAGCUACUAGAAUAUGCGAGGAGGGAAGAUUUGAUAGAUCUAGAGGCCCUGGUUACCUCGGAGCAGCUCGCCGUGUUCAGGUUUGUCGACGUGACAAACCUGUUCAGCGAAGGGGAAAUGAGCAGCAUUCUCGAACGCCAACGUCAGCGAGCCCAAGGCUCACGAGGUCGCGGGGCGGGCAGCACCUCGCAAAGACAGACGCCAUUUGACGAGCGGCCGCCCCCAGUGCCACAAUCACGCAGCUCGUCACACCGCAGAUCGAGCUCGGCGUCCCGGCCACGUAACGACCAGCGGGCUAAGACUGCGGCCCCCAGUGCAUGCAGGCGCGCACGUGAGGAGACAGAGAGUGAAGAUGACGUCCCCCUCAUCCGACGCAGAACGAGCGGGGGGACUCAGCCUGCGCAGGCGUCUCAAAUGGCGGCUGCGCGCUCGUCGAACGCACCCUCUGCCACGCCCGAGUGCCAGCCCGCCAUGGUGCAAGGCAUGCAAAGCUUUAUGCCUCCCUCGGAUCGGCAGCGAGCAAGAGCUUUCGUGCAGCAGCAUGGCGGGCAGGUCGCCAUGGUCAAGCUGAUGGACGCGUUCAGCUACACGAUAGCGCUGUUUGAGAGCGAGCAGGGGGCUCGCUCUCAGAAUAAUGAGCUCAGCGCCAAUUGCAAGCAGUUGGCCGCAGAGAAAGCCAGCCUUGUGGACGAUGUGAAUCCUUUGCAAGGCUCUGAAAUGGCCAAUCAAGCUGCUGCUGUAGAGAGUCGUGCGGACGAGCUUGCCAACAAAAACAACGAGCUCAGAGAGGAGCUGGAGCGAGCCCGCGCAGAAAAAGAGAGCGGGAUCCAGGCAGCAAAGGAGGAGGCCGCCCGGGUUGAGGAACAGGCCAAGAAGGCUGAGGCCGAUAAGGACCGCACUCAGCGCGAGCUGAGCUCCCUUAGGCACCAGGUCGCCGAGGCCGACAGGAACCUCAAUGCUGCUGAGGAGGCCCUGAAUGAGCUGAAGACUUCUCACGGGCGCUCAGUAGGCAUCGCCCGAGCUGAAGGGGUAGAAUGGUUCAUGGGCUCGGCUGCAUUCCAAGACGCCGUGGCGGUGGCGUCUGCAAACAUGACCACGGAGAUCUACAACGAAAUCCGUGGGAAGGUGCUGCAACAUCGCCCGAACUUCCCGAUUGGCGAGCUGGCAUUCUUCGACGGUGAGGAUUUGGACGAGCAGGGGAAGAGCCUUGCACCCCUUGCCGACGCGACGGUGCAGUUGAGGUGGGAUCUCAACGAGGAGGGGGUACCUGUCUGGCCUCCUUCGAUCCUAGAGGAAGGGGAGGAUCUAGCGGGUCUGCCCACCUUCGACGCCUGGGUGGAAGAGGUUCCUGUGGCUGAGCAGGAGCCAUCAAGCACUCCACCAAACUCUCAGCCCGCCAUGGUGCCGGUGAGGUCACCCGUCAUUGCACCAGCUCCAGAGCCCGCUGCCCGCUCGCCUCUAGCUCGCUCCUCUUCGCCAGCGGCUGACGUGUCCAUGCCCGUCGAUUUGACGAAUGACUAGACUUAGGACUUUUUUGUUUUGAUCUUUUGUAUUUUGUUUCUGCAUUUUUGUAUUUGAUCAAUGGAUCCUAUCAUAUGUACCUCUAAUGUAAACAUCUUUGAUGAAAUACAAAUAUGCACUUUCC